ACGUCAGGCGCGCAAACUGGUCUAUUCGCUACGGAAGUCUGUCUCUGCGCAGGGGAGAGGGUAAAGUUUGGAGCAAUCACGUGAUCAAGUGUCUGUCCAAUCCCAAGGCAGCAAUAAUGGAGUACUCGUUGACGCGCAUGAGUACACAGAAGAUACCACGUGCGCCUCAUCUUGAGAUGCUACCCCUUAUUUGGGAGAGGCCCCAAUGAGGUCGCGCCACGGACAAUAGGGGAGUGUGGGAACUAGGGAGCUGCUCCAACAGGUGACCUACCUGAAUAGCGGACGCUCAAGUAGGAUUAAGAGUUUCAAAUCUGCCCUAAUUUCGUCACGGUUGAUUUCCCGGAACGACCUCCUCCCUCCACACCAGCUGCGGACGAAGUCGCGUUCUACGUCAAAAGUCAUCAAACAGGAUACACGAGUGAGUACAGCGGAAGCUUUGACGAUACGCCAUUUUGAUCGUUAUAUUGGAACAUCGACCACCUGAUUGUAUGGAACAGCGAGAAGUGUUUGUGGUUUGGGGAGUUCCAGUUACGUGAUUCCCAAUCAAGGAAAGCAAAGUAAAGGGAGUACCGUGGAGGUCGACGCCUGGAGACGCGACACAUUUUGAAAACAGAUCGUGUAUUGUCCGUGUGCUUCGUGUCUCGGGUUCUUUUAUUUUUUUCCUGACAUUCAAUUACACGUGAACCGCUAUAUUUAGUAAAGCAGCCUUUCGCUUCCUCUAAUAAGCAAUCAUCAUUGUCAUCGUAAUCAUUGACAUGGAAGAAGACAACGCGUUCGCACAACACCUCAUCGCACGAAGUCUUUUUCUAGAACCAUGGUUUGUGCCAGUGCAACCCUGCUUAUGUGAAAUACACUGGCGAAAGCCACGGACGGAACCAUUAUAUACAGGAGUGACUUUCAACAGCAACGGUAUGCUUCAAUCACUCCGUCACGUUGUGAGCCCGGGUUCUGAAAGCCCAUUUAUGUCGUACAUGGUGCACACUUUCUGGAGUCGGCGAAGUGCUGUUUCACCUGCGCAUGAUUUGAAACACCAUCUGUCAGCAAGGCAGCUUGCCUGUAUGCUCACUACUCUUCUAUUCGUCGCCAUUAUGGUCCUGGUGAUAUCCACCAUACUCAACAGUACCGAAGUCGAAAGUUCCGAAACCAGCAAAGUUUACGUCUUUUUGAAGGGACGCGGGAGGGUAGAAGGCUCUAGCGUUCCUGUCUUAAAACUGCAAGCUAGGGCGUUUCUGGGAAUCCGAUACGCGGCGCCACCUGUAUCUAGCAACCGAUUCCGUCCACCAACACCUCUCGUCAGGUCUAUUGACUCCCAAAUUGAGGAUUUCCAGAUGUUGCUGCCCUGUCCACAGAAGCAGAGGGAAACGUCUGAGGACUGCCUCGGCCUGAACAUCUGGACCCCGUAUAGCCACUGUAAGGAGACUGGGGAACAGUGCAAGAACCUCACCGUACUCUUCUUUCUUCACGGUGGACUGUUUCAAUUCGGAGCUAACAGCGACUACGACGGUCGUUACCUCUCAGUCUAUGGUCAUUUGAUUGUCGUGGUACCGAACUACAGGCUGGGGACCUUUGGCUUCCUACAGUACGACACCGUCGAGGCCCCAGGGAAUGUAGGGCUGAUGGAUCAACAUGUGGCGCUGAUGUGGACACAACAGAACAUCGAAAGCUUUGGCGGUAACCCUUCUGAAAUCGUGCUUAUUGGUCACGAGGCAGGUGCCAAAUCUGUUACACAUCUGGUGCGGAAGUACAGUGGGCCCAUGAACUUGAAGAGGAUGAUCUUACUGAGCGGAAGUGAAUACACAAGGUAUGGAGCUGGCGGUGGUAAGGCGAUCGAAGUAUUGGUCCAGGCUGUCUGUCAGAGACAUGUGGGAAAAGCAAAUGCCUCUGCUCUGGCGUGCCUGAGAAGCUUGCCCUUCCCGAGUUUCCUGGACGACGCGCUGCCGAAUUUUUUCCCCAGGUUCGAUCUCACACCUCCGGAUACUUCGGUCGCCUCUCAGAAUGCCUCCGAGGUGUCUGGCAUGGAUGUACUCCUGGGAUACGUGGAAGACGAGGGCUCCGGCAUGAUCGUGGACCUGUUCAAUACAUACCUGAAAACGCUACGACCUGGGAAUGCGGAACCAUUCGUCUUCAUGUUGAGGCGGUUAGGGUUUACUCUCAAGGAUGCGGAGGAGAUCGCCAACGCGUAUUACAGAGGUACGGCCGGAAAUCAGAGAUUAUGGAAGGAACACAUGUGCGCGGACAUCUUAGUCGUAUGUCCUGUGCAGUACUACGCAGAGGCCCUGGCCCGAGGAGGAAACAACGUCGUGACUUAUUACAUGACACGUGACCACAGCGGUGUCGGUCCAGCACAGCACGGAUAUGUGAGAAACCUUCUCUUCGGCAGUCCCGUAUUCCAUGCGGGUUCCCUGGCGGCGCACUCCUUAAGCCGCAACACAAUCACCUACUUCACCAAUUACGCCAAAGGAAUUGUCAAAGGGAUUCAUCCAAAGACUAUCAGCGAAGCCGGGUAUGCCCUUCUCUUCAGACCGUUCCAGCUGGCCUUCAAAGGGACAAGUGGAUUCAGCCUCAGGAAGAAGCAGUGCGACUUUUUGAGGCCUUUCUUUCAGAGGCAUCAAUACAAAGGAUUACUUGAUGACAAUACAUAGCACGUCUUCUUACGUAGCAAGACUUCCGAAGACAACGAAGUCGCGCCACACAAGUAUUAUCUGUAUUCAUGCGCCGUCAAAAGAAUAGUACGAAUGAAACUUUGUGCUCUA